UGUCUGUUGCUAGCGAGAAAGACGUUCGACUUCUCGUACAUCUUCCUUCCUUAGACUUAAGCACUCUGUCUUGGGGAUGAGGACAGACUUGGUAAGCGUCGGGUUUGGAUCAUGCUCGCCACCGCUUUUUCCGUCGCUAUUGUCACCUUGGUCAUUGUCCUGGGACUCUUCAGUUCUGGGGGUCAUUUGGGAAGGCUUGGUGGCUGGUGCAUUAGCGUAGUACAUCCUGACGCCCACUCUCCACCAGAGUGCACCAGUGUUAUUUAUCCUCUCAGUUCACGUUACAAUGUCAAUAAAUUGUACCAAACUGUCAAGAAAUUUAUUGACCAAGAGCGUCGGAGCGUAUUGUCAAUUUCAAGCAUGAAAAAUAUCUACAAUGUCCCUUGCACGAGCUCUGAUUUGUAACACAGAUACUGUCUGUAGGAUAGGGAUAGGGACCAAACCGUCGUUAUAGGUUCCAAUGUUGACUAGUUGGUAGUGACUGCGCGGCACGUUCCAAGCGGAAGACUCGCUCAUGCGGAGAUCCAGAGU